AUGCCGCAAGCUAGGGGAAUCGGGGAGGUCAACACGAGCAGAGGCAACGGCUCAGGGCAACUGCCCGCUUGGGGUGCCGAGCGACGUCUGCAAGGCCGACUCACUGGUGGUCAGCGCAAAGAGAACGAGACACUCUUUGGUCAGAUGGUGGGCGUGGAGGCAGGCAAGCUUCCCUUUGGCUUGGUUCAUCCUGACUGGGCUGGCCCAACGGCUACUUUGAGCUUCUCCCUGGAUCUGGAGGUCGGUGGGCAGAGCUUCGAAACGGAUUUCCUCCCCAUCACACUGCACCGAGGACUUCCGGCACCAACUGAUGUGCUUUGCCUACUAAUCGGUGAGAAGGACGCCAGCACCGAGGUUCUAAAGUCUGAGGGCUCGGUGGACGGUGAAGGCAAUGUCGUCAUCACCAUCGCUGAGUAUGACCCGACAAUCUUCAAGCGCCUCCGACUGCUGGUGAUGCCCCUGCUGCCUGAUCCGGCCCUGCGAGCGAAUUGGUCCGAGUGGUCUGCAGCGAGCAAGGAGGACAAGAACCGUCUGAAAAAACAUAGCCGCUGCCAGACGAGUGACAUAGUCAAUUCUCGCUACAUGGUCUGUGGGGCUCCGGGCGGCGUCACCCACGGGCGGCCGCUGAACGACGAGCCCGUUGUCGUUAGCCUCGAUUCUUGGCUGGGUCGGCCACGCACGCAGCCUACUUUCAGCAUCGUGCGCCGCGAUGGUCAGGACACCGGAUUGACGCGGUCUUUCGAGGAGCACGCUGUGACCCUGGAGUUCGAAGGCGUCGACAGCCCUGCCGCCUGGGCAGCUCACCAUCACGGCCACGGUUGCACGCUGCUGAACUCCACGGAUGCAGAGCGCGGCAUUCUGGCCUCUGCAGAUGCGAUUUGCAGGCUUUUGUCCAGCUGUGCAGAUCGGCUCUGCGAGAAAGUUCGAGAUGACACCUUGGGUGGUGCACAGGUUUAUAAUGCAGGAGCACGGUCUUGGCAACACCCAUCACCGUCGGUGUCUGCGGAGCAAACCGUGAAUCUCCUGACGUGCUUGAAGGAGCAGGCCCCGUCCUGCAGCCGGAGUAUCACACAGCGGCAGUGGAACUAUGCCAACAAUGCCGUUCAACUGAAAGACUCUGGCAUCCGAGUUCCAAUCGGCCCGGUGAUACGGCUGGCAGACAAAUCGGGCCAGGGCGGCUUGGCCUUAAUCAGGGAGAUCCGCCAGAACCUGACGCUGGAGAAUGCGACGGUCUUCGACCAGCAUGCUGCACGCGAGGUUUGGGCCUUGCUCGAGCCCUCAAGCGAUCUGCUGGCCACAGUGGCAGCCCUGAGCCAGACAGGUCCAGAGCUUGUGGCCCAAGCACUGAUGCGGAGCCCUUCGGGCAAAAUGCCAAAGGUCACAACAAAGCUGCAGGCCGCUUUCGCCCACCUCACGGAGUUGAGGGUGCAGCUUGAGGACGCGGCGCAGCUGCGCCACCUGGUUGACCUGGCACAACUGGCUCCGAGGCUCCAGGAGUUGAGCCUCUCCUGCAGUUUCUGUCCGGCAACCGGCAAGGUGCCCUCCCGAGAGGACCUGCAAGGGCUUUCAAAACAUCGCGAGCUCGAGAAGCUCAGUCUGAGCAACUUCCAGGUCCGAACGCUCCCGGCCCGGGUCUUCCAAGGGCUCGGGAAGCUGAAGACGUUGAACCUAAUCUCCAACCAGCUCCAGACCCUUUCGCCCGAAGUUUUCCAGGGGCUCGGGGAGCUGCAGGAGUUGAAUCUUGUCACCAACAAGCUCCAGACCCUCCCUCCCAAAGUCUUCCACGGGCUCGGGCAGCUGAAGGGGUUGUCUCUUGCCUCCAAUCAGCUCCAGACCCUCCCUCCCAAAGUCUUCCACGGGCUCGGGGAGCUGCACGAGUUGAAUCUUGGCGAUAACCAGCUCCAGACCCUUCCAACCGAAGUCUUCCAGGGGCUCGGGGAGCUGCACGAGUUGAAUCUUGACGAUAACCAGCUCCAGACCCUUCCAACCGAAGUCUUCCAGGGGCUCGGGGAGCUGGAGGUGUUGGAUCUUGCCGCCAACCAGCUCCAAACCCUCCCGCCCGAAGUCUUCCAGGGGCUCGGGAAGCUGAGGAGUCUUCGAGGGGCUCGGGAAGCUGAAGAAGUUGAAUCUUUCCUCCAACCCGCUCCAGAGUCCCCCGGCCAUUUGCGACGAGCCUAG